AUGGGGUUGAAACGGACGCUCGAGCAGGCCCAGCCCUCAAUGGCGAAUAGGCUUAAAGUGGGCGCGGCCUCCAAAGAUUUGGGCUCCUCCGACCUCCGACCGCCGACCGGUGCUGAGAGCGCCCCGCCCCGUCCCCUGGCGGGUGAGUUCGCCCCAUCGUCGCCAAAGCGGGUCGAGGCGCCUCACCCCCAAGGGCAGGAGGGAGCCCCCGAGCCUCCCCGAUUGGGGGCUGAGGCAGAUCCUAUCACUAUAAGUGACGGGUCUGGCGGCGAUGGGUCUUCGAGGGACGCCUGCCCUAUGGACGAGGAGGUCGAGGCCUCUCCCACCGCGAGGCGGACACCUUGGCCCAUCGGGCUCCACUCUGUCGAAGAGCAGAGGAAGAAAGAGGAAAAAGAGCGUGAGCAGAAGACGCGGCAACAGCCGCAGGAGGAACAGCAGCUGCAGCCGAAAGGAGGAGAGGAGGGGCAGCAGCCAGCAGGUCCCCAGCUCGAGGAGCUGCUGGAGCAGGACUGUCGCCAGGAGCUACAGGAGCUCUAG